GAGCUCACCUUAAAUUUGGCAGUUCCAUGAAAAGCAAUGAUCACAAAUUCCCUCCCAACAGCACUAGAUACUAAAGGAGGAUAUAAAUGACCUUACCCAACAAGACCGUGAUAUAAGCUCCCCUCAAUUGAUCCACUAAACUUUGAGACUCCUCUUGCCGCGCAUCUGAGUUACUUCCGGCUUUCUUUUUCCUCUUAAAGGUGUGAAUCUGCGUGGCAGGAUCAUCAUCUAACCUACAUUUUACCAACUUGUCAACUGGGAUAUUGUGGAGAACUUUGUCAAAUGCUUUGCUGGAACCAAAAUACACUUUGUCCCCAGGAUUGCCAUGAUGCUGCUAAACUAGGAACUCUGUCAAGAAUCCUGCAGCCGACUGGCCAGCCCUGACAUAUUUUGAACAGAGAUGAGCUGAGACCAGGGCACAGCAGCAUGGCCCUCCUCCUUCCGUCUUUGCAGUGACCUCUUUUUUCUGGAGCUGAUUGCCCUGGGACUCCCACCAGGGUCAGCCUGACAGGUGUACAGGAAUCAAGUAAAACCUUUACAUUUGGACAACCUUGCCUGGCAAAGCAGAGCAAGGGGAUUUCGCUGGGACAUUCAUUUCUUUGCCUGCUGGCUUUGUUUUGAGGAGGGGACAGAUGUGUGAGCACCAGAGCCAUGUCGCUCCUGAAGACCUUCCGGGGGCUCAAGCAGCCAGACUCCUCUCCAGACCCCCAGGCUCAGCCACACCCUGCAGGCACUGAGAGCCAAGGAGCACCUCAGCAGAGCAACAACCCCGAGGAUGGGCCACCCUCCAACUACGGCACCCAGGACCUGCCCACCAGGAACACCCGCAAGUAUUUCAUACGCAGGGUGUUCCUCGUCCUGACUGUCCAGAUGCUCGUGACUUUAGCCCUUGCAGCCACCCUAGCCUCUCUGAAGAAUGAGCACCAAGUUUGGAAGAGGAAUUUUUAUAUGCGAGCGCUAUUUGAAUAUCUUGCCUUUACGUCUGCUUCGGUUCUUAUCUUCUUUGAGCAGACCCGGCUCAAGCAUCCCUUGAACCUCAUUCCCCUGUCCAUCACGACCCUGUGGGCAUCCUGUAUGUUGGGCGUCGACGUUAGCUUCCUCAAGACAGAAACCAUCCUCAUUGCUCUGGGCGCCACUGUCGUCAUCUGCUUUGCUGUCACAAUCGUCUCCAUAAAGGCCCCGUGCGAUUCCACCGCCGGCUUGAAGGUGCUGCUCGGCUGCCUGAUGUUGCUGCUCAUCCUCGGGCGCCUGGGACGUUUAACACAGCUGAGACAAUUGAAAACCAUGUUGAUCGUGCUGCUUUUCCUCGGAUUCUCCCUCUUGAUCUGGAGCCUGGUGACCAGCAGCCAGAUGCUCCAUGGGGGCACGAAGAGGGACUUCAGCCCCGACGACCCUGUCUUGGCCGCCCUCGUCCACUACUACCUCCUCAUUUUCCUCCUCGAUCACAUCUUCAGCAUCACCAACCUGCUGGGCAAGAUCUAGGGCCCCCCACUCCUCCCCCUCUCCCCUCCGGCACUGCAUGCCAGCCCCCUCUGCCCCACCUCCUACCCCUCUGCUUUUGCUUCUCGGUGUGUGUGUGUUGGCUCCUCCGGCCUGGGGCCCGAGGUCUCCUCCUCCCCGCUGACUUGUGCCACACACAACGGAGGCCAGGGAGGGGUGAGGCGCUCUUUCACUACCUGCUGUCAGCAUGGGGGAGGCAGGCAGCCAAUCUCACCCAAGCAAGGUCUUGCUCUGCCCUGGGUUUGUGCGGAGGUGGGGGGCACCCAGAUCCUCCUCCCCCCCCCCGUUGAUUGCCCAGGCAAUUCAUUUCUGGGGCUUUGCUCACCCACACACGUAGUUUCACCACCACCAAGACGGCUUGUGAGUGGGCUUCCCCAGACCUUCCUUGCCUUCCUGUCUACCUUCCCCCUAAUUUAGGAGGUCCCUUUCCCAGCCACUUUGCCUUCCACCUUCCUGGGCUUUGUGCUUACAGUGGGAACACCCCACCACCCGUGUGUGAAUAGUUUUCCAGCGUGCUUGGGGUGGCUUUUCAUCCCCUCUCGCUAUGGGUCAGGGCUGAUCAGCUUCCAGACUCAGGCUAGCACUGGGGGGCAGGGGUUGAUGGAGGAGCUUUGCACUGGACCGCCACACUUUUCUCUCUUGAAUGCUCGUAUGGAGAUAUGUGGAACGUCUUGACACUUGAAGCUAGCCUGACACUCUGCACUCCCUACUUUACCUUUCCUCUCCCUUUAUUUCCCUUCCCCACAUUGAGUUUAAGGGGGGCCCUGCGUUACUGCAUGCUCAGCACCCACCACUGUGCACCAGGACUGGUUUUUGCACUGAGCAAUCGACACAGGGUGUCCUAAUAAAAGUGAGGAGGCAGCCGCCGUC